GUAGAAGAAGUAGAAGUAAUGCAGUAAAGCACAGGCACUAUUAGCUUAUCUCAGCUCUCUGGGUGUAUGAAACUAGCCUGAGAAGAUAUUAUAGUCGUUGCGUGGAUGAAUAUUUGACUUAUAGUUUUGCAACAAUGUCUUCAGUUGAGUGUUUGAGAGAGUUUGUGAACGAGCGACUAACUGCUGCUGCUGAAGAAAUAUUCGCAGUUUUUCAUAAAGCUGUCAUCGAGUACGAGGCAGAGAUCGACCGUCAGCGCAGGCUGCUGGAUAUCGUUUGGAAGCCCGAAAUAAAGUUAGACAGGAUAGAGCUCCCACAGCAACAUGUCUGUAAGGAGGAGGAGGUUCUCUCUGACCAGCAGCUCUGUAUUCAGGAGAGGAACUCCAGUCUGGACCAAGAGGACCCAGAGCCUCCACAGAUUAAAGAGGAACAGGAGGAACUCUGCACCAGUCAGGAGGGAGAGCAGCUUGUACUGAAGCAGGAGACUGAUGCCUUUAUGUUGACUCCUACUGCUGAGGAAAGUGACCACCAGCUUCUCUCUCACAACUCUCAUGUAGCUGAGAGCCAAGAUCAGAAAGGAGGCAAGCAUGGAGACUCAGGCUCAACUAAUGCUGAGCCAAAUCUACAGAAUCUACAUCCUGAAAGCAUAAGUCACAGUAAUGAUGUCAACAACCCUAACCUGUCAGAGAUGCACUGUGAUACUCACACAGGUAAACAGCCUUUACAAUGUGACACGUGUGGAAAAGACUUUAAGAAUAAUUCAUUACUGAAGAUACAUCUGAGAACCCACACAGGGGAGAAGCCAUUUGCAUGCAAAACAUGUUGGAAAGCUUUCAGGAUUAAUAGUACCUUGGUAAGCCACAUGAGAACCCACACAGGGGAGAAGCCAUAUUCUUGCAAAACAUGUGGGAAAAGAUUCACUCAGCAUUCAUCAUGGAACUCUCAUAUAAGGAUCCACACAGGGGAGAAGCCGUUUGCAUGCAAAACAUGUGGGAAAGCUUUCAGAAUGCGUAAUAUCUUGAAAGAACACAUGAAAAGCCACACAGGUGAGAAGCCUUUUGAAUGCAAAACAUGUAAGAACGCUUAUAGAACGUGUGGUCUCUUGAAAGAACACAUGAAAAGCCACACCGGUGAGAAGCCAUUUACAUGCAAAACAUGUGGGAAAGCUUUCAGAACUAAUACUCAGUUGGUAUAUCAUAUCAGAACCCACACAGGGGAGAAGCCAUAUUCUUGUAAAACAUGUGGGAAAGCUUUCAGAAAUAAUAGUCACUUGGUAAACCACAUGAGAAUCCACACAGGUGAGAAGCCAUAUUCUUGUAAAACAUGUGGAAAAUAUUUCCAAUCUAAAGAUCGCAUAAGAAGCCACAUGAUGAGCCGUUUACACCUAAAACGUGCUGGAGCUUUAGGAUCUAGUAGUGGCUUGAUGUGCCACAUGAGAACUCACACAGAAGGAAAACUGCAUCACUGCAGCACACAGGUUCCAGAGAUUAAAGAGGAACAGGAGGAACGCUGCACAAGUCAGGAACAUUUGUUUUCAUGAGAUUAGAAUGAACCCUUCAUAUCUACAUAAGGAGUGUGUCCUCUUCCACUGAGACCGCCAUGUUGCCUCUUCAGUAUCCCAGAACAGACGAACCAAACUCUGGCUCUAGAAAGGGUCUUUCGUGUUUUUACGCUACCUGAAGCCAGUGUAGGUUCUCUCAACGCUUGGAAAAGGAGGUGAGCGGAGGAGUAUUCUCACCGCUAGAUGCAACUAAAUCCUACACACUGGACCUUUUUAAGGGGAAAGCUAAUGUUGUAACUGACAAUGAUAAACAAACUGUUAACCAAGAUGAAUGUUACUGCAUUGUAUGCAACUUUUUAACUGAACAAUGACACUGAGCAUGGAUGAUUGUAGCAACGCUGUUUAUAUAAUUUGUUAUACUGCUGCACAUUGUUUGAAGACUGACUGUGAACAUAUUGCUGGAAAGGCCAGAAAAUAUAGAAGCUUAAGGAGAACGUAUUCAUAUCACAUGUUUGUUACCAAGGUGUUUGGCUGCUUGUCGUCACUGUUACCAUUUCUGUUUGUCCUGGCUCUGUUUUUGUCUCAGUGGCUUGGACAUCAUGCAUACUCAAUCUUCUACAAUCGUCAAACACUACUGAAUAUUCAAGCCUGUGUCAUGGACUUAUACUCCCGGGAUCCUGGUCAAAGAAUCUUACACUGCACUCUGUUCUCUCAACUACCUGAAGGUUUAUGGGCUCGGCCCUGCGGCUACCACCAUAGGAAACAAGCCAGGUGACGGAGUUAAUGUGCAGGCGCCUCGGUGUGAAACGUGAUUGUCAUCUGUGAGGCAUGUAUGCACUGAGAUGGCAAUUUGUGCUGUACCCAUAUGUUUUUAUUUAAUCAGUUUUCUUUUAUUUAUUCAUUUUAUACAUUCACCACAGUUCAAUACAGUUACACUACAGAUACUCUCACAGUUCAAUAUCUCAGUGUUAUCGGUUGUAUGAUGUAUGUUAUGUGUGAUUGUGACAAAUAAAGAUUUCAAAU